AUGGGUUUUGAUGUCAUUCUUGGGAUGGAUUGGUUGUCAUCCUUUUGGGCGGUUAUAGAUUGUUUCAAGGGCAGGGUAUUUGUUUGUACUUCGGAAGAAGAUUGCUUUUGCUUUGUGGGAGAUUGGAGCGAUUCCCUCAUUUCUUCAUUCUACGGCAUUAGAGAUGAUGACGAGUUUUGCGGGGAUUUUUAUCCAGCAGUUGCGUGCGACUUUCUGGAUGUGUUUCCUGAAGACUCGACAGAGUUACCGCCACAUAGAGAAGUGGAGUUUGCUAUUGAUCUCAUGCCUGGUACAUCACCCAUUUCUAUGGUGUCGUAUCGUAUUGCAUCGACGAAAUUGGAGGAGUUGAAGAAGCAGUUGAGGGUAAAGGAAGGAGACAUUUUGAAGACCGCUUUUUGUACACGGUACGGUCAUUAUGAGUUCCUAGUCAUGCCAUUUGGUUUGACAAACGCACCGGCGAUGUUUAUGGACUUAAUGAAUAAUGUCUUCCACGCUUAUGUUGAUAGGUUUGUUGUUGUGUUCGUGGAUGACAUAUUAGUGUACUCACCGUCUAAGGAGAAGCAUGAGAUGCAUUUAAGAAUAGUGUUGCAAAUUCUGAAAGAGCAUCGGUUGUAUGCGAAGAAUGAGAAAUCCACGAUGAAAAGCAAACUGUUGUUUUCGAGACUUCCAAAUUUUCUUGCACUCAUUCUUUUCUAUCUGUCCCCAACACCUUCUUUCGCGGCCAAAAAGUCAUACAUUGUGUACAUGGGAGGUCAUUCACAUGGCAGAAAAAUGACAGAGGCAGCUCUCGGCAAGGUCUCAGAUUCUCAUUACGAGUUCCUUGGAUCAUUCUUGGGAAGUAAAAAAGAGGCCAAAGAUGCCAUAUUUUACUCGUACAAGGCUGACAUCAACGGCUUUGCUGCAGUGCUUGAUGAGGAGCAGGCAGCUAAUAUUUCGAGGGAUCCAAAUGUUGUGUCUGUUUUCUUAAAUAAAAGGAUAAAAUUGCACACAACCCAUUCGUGGAAUUUUCUUUCCCUAGAAAAUAAUAACGGUGUUGUUGACUCGAAUUCCUUGUGGAAGAAAGCCAAUUAUGGAGAAGAUAUCAUCAUAGGAAAUAUUGAUAAUGGCGUCUGGCCUGAAUCAGAGAGCUUUAAUGAUGAAGGAUAUGGACCGGUUCCAUCAAGGUGGAAUGGAAUAUGUCAGAAUAACACCAAACGUGGAUUCUCUUGCAAUAAGAAACUAAUCGGAGUUAGGUACUUCUACAAAGGAUUUACUUCCACAUGUAACAUUAAAGACCAUUCCAAUUUCUCUGCGCGAGACUAUAACGGCCACGGAACUCACACACUAUCAACAGCAGGUGGGAACUUUGUCCCAAGAGCAAGUGUGUUUGGCAUUGGCAAUGGAACCGCAAAAGGUGGUGCACCUAGAGCUAGAGUGGCUGCUUAUAAGGCGUGCUGGCCGCCAAGUAAGGGAGAAUGCUUUGAGGCUGACAUCCUCAAAGCCUUCGAUCAAGCCAUACAUGAUGGCGUCGAUGUGCUUUCAGUUUCUCUUGGUUUCGAUGUUCCCCAUGACUAUUUCAAUGAUGGUAUUUCAAUCGGGUCGUUCCAUGCUGCUAAGCAUGGCAUUGUCGUGGUGGCCUCCGCUGGGAAUGAAGGACCGGCGGCUGGUACUGUCAACAAUGUUUCACCAUGGAUAAUAACUGUUGGAGCGAGCACCAUGGAUCGUGAGCUUGGUGCUUACGUUGACCUUAAUAAUGGAAUGCGCCUCAAGGGAAAAGAUACUAGCUCCAAGCCAUUUCCAGAAGAUAGAUUCUACCCACUUAUUACCGGUGCACAAGCAAAAAAUGCCAAUGCGCUUACAACAGACGCUUUACUCUGUCAGGAAGGAACGCUCGACCCCCAGAAGGUAAAGGGUAAGAUCUUGGUUUGUCUUGUUGGAGAGGAUUCUGAAAAAAUUGACCAAGGACAACGAGCUGCUUUGGCUGGUGCCGUGGGGAUGAUUCAUUGUGAAAAUAAGACGACUGGCAUUGAAAAUGGUUCUGACGACAUUCAUGUUUUGGCAGCAUCACAUAUCAAUUACACAGAUUGUCUUGUUCUUCUUUCCUACAUCAAUUCUACCAAUAAUCCACUCGCUAUGAUUAAGCCAAUGGAAGAACUGCACACAAAGCCUGCUCCACUCAUGCCUGAUUUCUCCUCUAGGGGUCCAAACAUACUAACACCAGGAAUCCUCAAGCCUGAUAUUACUGCACCCGGAGUACAUGUCAUAGCUGCCUACACUGGAGCUACCAGCCCUACUUAUAAAGAUUACGAUCAACGCAGGACAUCCUUUAUCCAUAUGAGUGGAACAUCCAUGUCCUGUCCUCACGUAGCCGGAAUUGUAGGUCUUCUCAAGGCAGUUCACCCAGAUUGGAGUCCUGCAUCCAUUAGAUCUGCAAUCAUGACAACUGCAAGAACAAGAGAUAACACCCGCCAUCCAAUGCUAAAUCGAUCAAACAAUGGAACUUUUGCCAAGGCAACACCAUUUGAUUACGGUGCUGGGCAUAUACGGCCAAAUCUUGCAGCAGAUCCUGGAUUGAUCUAUGACAUAAAAGUUAAGGAUUACAAAGACUUCCUCUGUGCAAUAGGCUAUAAUAAAACUGUUGUCCGACUCUUUUCUAGGAGUCAUGUAUGUCCCAAUUCGACCAAUCCGCUAAGUAUCUUGAACCUUAAUUACCCUUCAAUAACUGUCCCUAAACUCUCCCGCCCAACCACCGUGACUCGAACAGUGAAGAAUGUUGGCUCAACCAGCACUUACACAGCUCGUGUUCGUUCACCACCGGGAUUUUCAGUUACUGUUGAACCCAAUAUUUUGAAAUUUAAGAGGCCAGGUGAAAAGAAAACCUUUUACGUGACUUUGAAAGCUAAAAGAAUUGGUGUUUCAAAAGGGUAUGCAUUUGGAGAAUUAUUAUGGUCAGAUGGUGUACAUAAUGUCAGGAGUCCAAUCACAGUUGCUAUUGAUCCCACACCUCCACCAAAGAGAGAGGAGAACAACGAGGACCAAUGCCUAGCAACCACAGUUCCUGCAGUUGCACAAAAUAAAAAACACAAUAAAUCGGAUUUGAAUGAAUGAUCAAUUAUACACUUAUCGUGAGGUUCCAACUUAAUUAAAUGUCAUGUUUUAUAUAGGGAUUAUAUUUAUUGGAUGGGGACAUUGGAAAGGAAGAUA